CUUGUACGUGCAAGCAGCAGGUUAAAACCCUGCUGCUUCUCAGUUUCUGGUUUCCACAAACCCACCUGGAGCCAUCGUCUUCUUCUUCGUUCUGUGACUCUGUCGGGUUAAGACGUUCAAAUCGUACGGCCAAAGUCGAAUCAAAAUAAAUAGAUUCUCUCUCUUUGUGUAUAUAAUCUUUUUUUGAGUUUCAACCGGUUAAACUCCGACCCAGUACAGGAUUGUCUCUCGUCUCGGAAUUAUGCUUCUUUACGGCCAUGACCUCGACGGUUUCCACAUGUAGCGGCUUAGCUUUGUUUCGUGCUUUAUCGUAGAUUUUGCCGAUACUUGAACUGAAGGAUGAGCGUCUCCGGUUCGCCUAUGAGCUCCAGGUGAGCUCUAGUGAAGUGAAGUGAAUUGAUUUCUCUGCAAUCCGUACGGUGCUAUCAUUUUGGGAAUCCGAUAUGUCAAAAUCAGGGUAUGAUAUUAAUGUUCUGUUUCAAGAAGCUCAAACGCGAUGGCUGAAACCUGCAGAAGUGCUCUAUAUAUUGCAAAACCAUGACAAGUACCAGUUUACCCAGGAGCCACCUCAAAAGCCAACUAGUGGAUCAUUGUUUCUUUUCAACAAGAGGGUCCUUCGGUUCUUUCGCAAAGAUGGUCAUGAUUGGCGUAAAAAGAAGGAUGGAAGAACUGUUGGGGAAGCACAUGAGCGACUUAAGGUUGGAAAUGUUGAGGCUUUAAAUUGUUAUUAUGCACAUGGAGAACAAAACUCAAAUUUUCAGAGACGUAGCUACUGGAUGCUGGAUCCGGCAUACGAGCAUAUUGUUCUUGUUCAUUAUAGAGAGAUUGGCGAGGGAAAGUCCACUCCUGGAUCUGCUGCACAGUCAUCACCACAGUUCUCUUCUGCUUUCAGCCCAAGGUCAACAUCACGUACAACUCAGAAUCGAGAUUCUACCUCUGCAGUUAGUGAUUUAUGUGACCCACGUCAGACUUCAUCCAGUCCAAGUUCUGUAGAAGUCAGUUCAGAGAUAGGCACCAAGGACAAUGGAUUAGAGACUACAACAGGGUAUACUAGUUCUGCAAAGGAUGAGGUUAGUCGAUUUUUGAGAAGUCUGGAGGAGCAGUUGAGUCUGAAUGAGGACAGCAUCGAAGAAGUUGAUCCGUUAUACAGUGAGCAAGGAACCAAAAAUGAUUCAGAACUUUUGGAAUUUGAAAAACAGAUCUCCAAGAAGGAUCACUAUGAAAAUUUGCUGCAUGGAUCCGAAUAUAUUGUGAAUAAGCAAUGUUAUGCUGAACCUCCUGGGUUUCAAAUGCAGAUCAACAAUCUUGUUCACCUUCAGUAUGCAGGUGAUAGUGGCAAAUACCAUCAAUCUGUACAGGAGCAUGCAGAUGGGAGUAAAGAAUCCAUGUCCUGGAAUGAAGUGUUAGAGCCCUGUAGAGUGUUAUCUUCUGUGGAGUACCAGGAAAAGCCACAGCCUUCUUUGAGGGAACCAGCUGAAGAGCAUGAGUACUCUCGUUGGCUAAAUUUCAAUGGAGCUAAAGUCAGAAAUUCUUCUGUAUUGCUGCCUCAAGAAGUUCAAAAUGUUGAAAUUCCUGCGUACUCUCCUGUCUUGGUAACUCAUGAAACCAAUCCUGACUACCAUCCAGUGCUAUAUGACCAAGGCCAGCUUGAAGUGCCAAUUGAAGCAGAUUCAAGUUUGACCAUUGCACAACAGCAAAAAUUUACAAUCCACGAAAUAUCCCCAGAAUGGGGUUUUACCUCUGAGGCUACUAAGGUAAUUGUUGUUGGAUCUUUUCUAUGUAACCCAUCAGAAUGUGCAUGGACUUGCAUGUUUGGUGAUACUGAGGUUCCCAUUGAAAUCAUUCAAGAAGGUGUUCUCCGCUGUGAAGCUCCUCCCCAUCUUCCAGGAAAGGUCACUUUCUGUAUUACUUCUGGCAAUCGGGAGUCUUGCAGUGAGGUCAGAGAAUUUGAGUAUCGAACUGAGAGUAGCUGUCCUCAUUGCAGCUUAUCCCAAAUGGAAGUUGCUAAGAGUCCAGAAGAGUUGUUGUUACUUGUCAGAUUUGUGCAGAUGCUUCUGUCUGAUUCCUUUUUGCAAAAAGAAGACAGCAUAGAAACAGGAACUCAACUACUGAGAAAAUUAAAAACUGAUAAUGAUUCAUGGGGUACUAUCAUUGAGACUCUCUUAGUUGGUAAUGGAACUUCGACCGGCACUGUUGAUUGGCUUCUGCAACAGCUUCUAAAAGACAAAUUGCAGCAGUGGCUUUCUUCCAAGUCCCAGGAAAGACAAGAUCAACCUAGUUGUACCUUGUCCAAGAAAGAGCAGGGGAUCAUACACAUGGUUGCUGGGUUGGGCUAUGAGUGGGCCUUGAGCCCAAUUCUCAGUCAGGGAGUCAAUGUAAAUUUCCGAGACAUUAAUGGAUGGACUGCUCUUCAUUGGGCUGCUCGUUUUGGAAGGGAAAAAAUGGUUGCAGCCCUUUUAGCUUCUGGUGCAUCAGCUGGGGCUGUGACAGAUCCAACUUCACAAGAUCCAGUUGGCAAAACUCCAGCAUCCAUUGCGGCCAACUGUGGGCAUAAGGGGCUUGCAGGUUAUCUUUCAGAGGUGGCACUAACAAGCCAUCUUUCAUCCCUUACACUAGAAGAGAGUGAGCUUUCUAAAGGAUAUGCUGAGGUUGAUGCUGAGAUAACUGUAGAUAGCAUCUCAAAGGGGAGUUUUGCUGCCAAUGAAGACCAGGUUUCACUUAAAGAUGCCUUGGCUGCAGUCCGAAAUGCAGCUCAAGCUGCUGCACGAAUACAAGCUGCCUUCAGGGCACAUUCUUUCAGGAAGCGACAACAGAGAGAAGCUGCUGUGUCUACUAAUAAUGUAGAUGACUAUGGUGUCAAUUCCGGUGAUAUUCCAGGGCUUUCAGCUAUGUCAAAGCUGUUCUUUCACAAUGCACGUGAUUACAAUUCAGCUGCUUUAUCCAUUCAGAAGAAAUAUAGAGGGUGGAAAGGUCGCAAGGAUUUUCUAGCGUUUCGACAGAAAGUUGUGAAGAUACAGGCUCAUGUGAGGGGUUAUCAAGUUAGGAAGCACUACAAGGUUUUCUGUUGGGCUGUUGGAAUUCUAGAGAAGGCUGUGCUGCGUUGGAGACGUAAAGGGGUUGGUUUGCGAGGUUUCCGGAAUGAGGCAGAGCCUAUUGAUGAAAGUGAAGAUGAAGAUAUUCUCAAGGUGUUCCGCAAACAAAAAGUUGAUGCAGCUAUUGAGGAGGCUGUCUCACGCGUGCUGUCAAUGGUUGAUUCUCUAGAGGCACGUAAACAAUAUCGUCGGAUGCUUGAACGUUAUCACCAAGCCAAAGCUGAACUAGUCGAGGCAAGUGAAGGAGCAGCAACUUCUCUGGCUGACAUGGAAAAUGAAGAUUUACCAUUUCCAGUAGGAGCAGCUUCUAACAAGCUAACUUAAGUUUUUACCUCCUUGACCAAUCUUAAAUUGCCUGCUACAGGGUUUCUGGAUUGAGUCUCUGUAUAAUGGCAUGCAUUCACCUUAGUUGUAAGUGAUUAGGAAUGAUAUGCACGUUUUCCCAUAUCAAUGCUGUAAUUGCUGCUUGUGAUAUAAAUAGUUUCCUAUGAGGUUGGUUUUGGUUUGUAUAAUCUUUCUGAUACUUAUGUGUCAGAAUGUCAUUCGUAAGGUGUAGCUUAAUCCAUAGCCAUUUUGAUCAUAAAAACAAAUGCAAAUUAAUCUAUGAAGCUUUUAUGAGGUGUUUUUCACUUA